AUGUCGCCCACUCCAGCUAGCCCAUUUGUGAUCGAGGGCACUGGCAGCCCGUUCUACAGAAUUCCGCCUUCCGUGGCGUCAGGCCGCAUCAGGGAACUCUUUGAGAAUGCCAACUUUGAUGCCGCGAACCCAAAUCGCGGGGCUUCUCUAGAGGCCAUCCGCGAGGCACAAGACACCCAAGACUACUUGUACCUCCUGGACAAUGCCCGGUUCAAAGCCCUGCGGUUCGCCAAGCUCAAUCCGACAACGCCCUUUGACGAUUUACGCGCACAGAGCCAAAAGAUCGCCAGCGCCGUCGGUAUCGCCGAGGACUGGAAGACAAUGUGUGUGAAUGAGCUUGGCAUCCCCGCCUCGGAGAUGGAGAGCAUCGAGCCAAGCGCGGCCGAGAUCGGGUACGCCAGUUUCCUCAACGGCCAGACUAGCAUCGACGACUGGUUCAAGUUUAUCGAAGCGAACCGACAAUUCUGGACUUCGGAUAACGACAAGAACGUGUGGAAUACGCUCUUCCGAACCGCGCUCAAGUUUGAGAUUGGCCUGUUUGACAGCGUGCUCGUGCAGACGCCCGACUUUGCUGCCGUGCCCUUGGCCGCCAUCCACGGAAACUGCGUCUUCUCCGAUGCCGAACAUCCCGUCGAUAUUUUCCACCUCUCCGGCCGGGCUGUUGUGUGGCCUUCUGAGGUGGGUAACAGCACAUCGCAGGGCAAGAUUCACUUCCCGCUAGGCCAGAUGCCAGGCUUGAGUGUAGCCUGGACUGACCACGGUCCGACGGGCGCACCGAAUAUAUGGUUGCAAGUGGAUUGCGAUCAGGUGGUACCGUCGGGGCGGAGUGUAAUUGAAGGUGUAAAUGAGACUGAUGGGCGUGGCUAUGGCGAUAAGACUAGGAUCGUCAAGGCCGAGAUUUAUUUCGGGUGCAGCCUUGUGGCGUCCAAGGACUUGAUCCCUCCAAAGAUACGGUCAUUCAGGGAGUCACUCAACCGCCUGUCUCUGCCCCGGCCGGAUGGAGUGUUGAACGGCCCAAAGGGCUGGGAGGUGACGCUUACGCUCGAGUUUGGGCAGAUUAUUGGCAUGAGUUUCUGCUCGGUGGCGGUGUCGGUUAUGCCGUGA